CUGAACAGUAUUGAUUUACCAUACAGACGUACAUACCUACAACUGCAUACAUACAAUUACUGUUUGACGUCCACGCGAUCUCCUCUCAACCAAAGAAUCAGAGGAACACUGCUUGGAAGGGCAGCUGACAACACCACCUAGCGCUACACAACCCGCUUCAGGUGCCGAUAACGCUCCCGUUGGCAUAUCUCGCUCCCUUUGACGUCCUGUAGUAAUACCGAUAACGACAUUGCGCCUUCGUCAUCCUGUCGCACCGAGCGAAGCUCCAAAGAACAAACACCACCCCAUAUCCGUGUAGACAUAAAUUGGCGACCUUCCACGUCCGAACUGUCCUCCUCCGCGUACCCCGCCAACCUGUCGACUCUCGGAUGGUUGUCCCAAGAUGCGCAACAGCCUGACGAUUCCGCCGUCUAGGUAGCUGGUUAGCUUGAGCUUCCUGGCUUUACUACACACCUCGAAACCAUGGGUCAGGGUUUCUCACUGACUGCCCCUCCAGCAGGGGCAGCCGGUAUUGAUGUCCCUGAGUUGGCAGACUUGACCUACGAGAAGGUCAUCGGCCAGGCCCGCUUCAUGAAGAGUAUACGUGCCAGACACAAUGAUGGAGUUGUGCUUGUCAAGGUGCUCGUCAAGCCAUAUGCCAUGUCGCUGGUACGGUACAAAAAGAAGAUUAUCCGAGAAAGAAAUGCGCUUGCCAACGUACCCAACGCCCUUCCAUAUCAGCGAGCGAUCGAGACCGAAACAAACGGUUACCUGGUUCGACAGUUCUUUUACAACUCCCUAUACGACCGACUCAGCACCAGGCCAUUUCUCGAGGAUAUGGAGAAGCGUUGGCUGGCUUUCCAGCUCUUGUGUGCGUUGCGCGACUGCCACGCCAAAGAGAUAUACCAUGGCGACAUCAAGACGGAAAAUACACUGGUGACGUCCUGGAACUGGCUCUACAUCUCGGACUUCUCGUCGUCUUUCAAGCCCGUCAUGCUGCCGGAAGACAACCCCGCCGACUUCUCCUACUUCUUCGACACGUCUGGUCGGAGGACAUGCUACUUGGCCCCGGAGAGGUUUCUUCCACCCGGCCAGGAGCCCGAUCCAAACGCCAAAAUCACAUGGGCCAUGGACGUCUUCAGCGCCGGAUGUGUUAUCGCUGAACUGUUCCUCGAAACACCCAUAUUCAACCUGAGUCAGCUGUACAAGUACCGAAGGGGUGAAUAUGACCCGUCCAUUUCACAUCUAAGUCGCAUCCCUGAUAAGGACUUGCGCGAGAUGAUCGCCCAUAUGAUCCAGGUGGAUCCGCAAAAGCGCUACUCAGCUGAGCAGUAUCUCGAGUUCUGGAAAGACAAAGUGUUCCCGGGCUAUUUUUACAACUUUCUACAUCAGUACAUGCAGUCGAUUACCGACCUCUCAACUGGAAACUCGAGAACUGGCGAAGCAGACCAGAGAAUCGAAAGGGUCUGGAACGAUUUCGACAAGAUCUCCUAUUUCCUUGGUUAUGAAAACGGGGAUGACCCAUAUGAGGAUCACCUGCCGUCUCCAAGAUUGGGGCUAGGACUCUUCCCAGUCCGACUCAAUAUUCCCAAUGCUGAACAUUAUGUCUCGGCGAACAAGCAACCUACCAUUGACGAUGGAACGCUCAUCUUCCUUACCCUGGUCGCGUCUUCCUUGCGCAACACCGCACAUGCGACCGCAAAGAUCAAGGCGUGUGACAUCAUGCUAGCGUUCGCUGAACGGUUGACCGAUGAAGCAAAGCUGGAUCGAGUCUUGCCAUACCUAAUGACACUCUUGACCGACAAAUGCGAUAGGGUUGCGAUAUCUGCGCUGCGCACCUUAACGCAGCUCCUCGAUCUGGUCAAAAUCAUCACCCCCGUCAACUCGCACAUAUUCCUCGAGUACAUUUUACCCAGGAUGCAGGUUGCGCUCCUGGGAUCGCAGGAUGCUCCGAGCCCUGUGGUGAGAGCCACAUACGCAGCAUGUCUAGGGAAACUGGCAACAACCGCGUACCGGUUCCUCGCAAUGGCCGCGACGCUCAGGGCCGAUGGAUCAGUUACCAUUUCGGAUCCAGAACUAGAGCCAGGGAACGAGACUAACACGGCUCUCGAUGGGUUGUUUGACAGCUCACGCCAGGAUUUAGUGGAUCUCUUUGAGACACACACGAAAAUGCUCAUCGAAGAUCUUAAUCCUUUUGUUCGAAGAGCCUUUCUCAGCUCAGUACCAGAUUUGUGCAUCUUUUUCGGCGUAGCAAAGGCCAACGACGUUAUCAUUGCACACCUCAACACUUACCUGAACGACCGUGACUGGAUGUUGCGGUAUGCUUUCUUCGACACCGUUGUGGGCAUAUCGGCAUUUAUGGGAAGCAGUACCCUCGAAAGCUUCAUCCUACCUCUCAUAAUCCAGGCGGUGGAUGAUCCUGAGGAGUUUGUGGUACAAGGAGCGCUUCAAUCGUUGGCAGAGCUAACCCGGCUGGGGCUCUUGACCAAGGAGGCCUUCGUUGACCUUGUCGCCCUUGUCGGACGCUUUACGAUGCAUCCUAACUUGUGGAUUCGCGAAGCGGCCGCUCAUUUUAUUGCAGCCGGAAACGAGUUCCUAAGCCCUGCGUAUCUGAAGGUUUCGGUUUACCCGCAGAUCAAGCCCUUCUUGAAGCCAGAUAUUAUCCCAGGCUGGUCGGAACUACAGCUCCUUGAUUCGCUACAAAAGUCACUCUCGCGUAACGUCUUUGAACUGGCAAUACAAUGGGCUACAAAAUCAGAGAAGAGCGGCUUCUGGAAGCCACCUAAGAGGCUGUGGGAUGCUCGCGCUGUCACUAAACUUUCGAAAACAGAUGAGGAUGAGCAGUGGCUGGGCCGCUUAAGGACUGCGGGGCUCUCACAGGCGGACGAGAUCAAACUCAUUAUGCUGCGAGAGUUUAUAUGGCGUCUUGCUCAGAUGAAGGGGAGAGAUUCGACCGAGCUGCAAAUGGAGAAAAGAUCUGAGCUCGAGGACAUCAUUCCUCUGCGAAACUUGGGUAUCACACCUCAGACCGUUAUGUUUGAAGAGGAACCCAUUCGCUAUCCUGCUCCGCAAUUGGACGACGAUGACACGGCUCCUAAGACGAUUCAGGAGGCUCUCCUGGAUGCGUCGUUAACCAUCGGUGAUCCACUCAGCCAACGGCGUCGGGCUGCGCUGGAUAAGCAGAAAUCGAAAUCAGGCAGUCGAUCAAAUCUUCCAUCCAUCUCGGUGGACGGUAGGCCUGCUACGGACAGCAAUGGCGAAAACUCAAGAAACACCUUGAGACGGUCGGCGUCUCAUCAGAGCCAUGCAUCUCUGCUCUCCCCUCAUGACGACGUGGGAUCUGCUCACUACUCCCCGUACGAAACAAGGAGGGCUUUGAAGCAUCAAUCUAGCGCGAUUAGUCUGAUGAAUCGCAAGGACAGCGCUAAGUCCGUUCCUGAGACUGGUACUACAGAGACCAAUGCCUUUGGUGAGGUUGAAGCGUCGUUCACCCAGCAUUAUCAGGGAACUCACAUCAGGUCCCCAGAUACCGAAAGCAUGCCGCCAACGCCCGGUAUCAAGCUGCGCGUGAAUCACGAUUACCAUGGGAACGAUCCGCAUAUUCUCAAGAUGUUGGAUACCAUGUACGUCGAGAACUACCCGCACGACCUUGCCGAGUUUGGUCCAGAGGUUACGCCCAUUGGGCGCCGCAAGACUGGCAAGAUCAUCAGUUCCCAACCAGGGAAGCAAAGGGAAAAUGGAUGGAAGCCGAAAGGAGUGACUAUCGCGUCGUUUGUUGAGCAUGUCGGUGCCAUCAAUCGGAUCGUGGUUGCUCCGGAUCAUCAAUUCUUCCUGACUGGUGGCGAUGAUGGCACCGUCAAGGUUUGGGACUCGGCCAGGUUUGAAAAGAUUAAUAUUCACAAACCUCGCCUCACCCAUCGACACGCUCCCGGUGCCAAAGUUCGCGCGCUAUGCUUUAUCGAGAACACGCAUAGCUUCGUCAGCUGUGCCACGGAUGGCAGCGUUCACAUAGUCAAGGUUGAGACUUACUUACAGGGCGAGAGCUAUCGGUACACUCGUCUCCGCACAAUCAGAGAACAUCGCUUUGUCGACGGCGAGUUCGGCGUGUGGUGCGAACACUAUAAACGGGACAAUGAGUCUAUUCUUGUGGUAGCCACCAACAAGUCAGUCGUCUGGGGCAUGGAGCUCCGAACCAUGACACUGCUCUUCAAACUAGAGAAUCCGGUCCAUCACGGCACACCAACCUGUUUCUGCAUCGACAACAAGAAAAACUGGCUAUGCCUGGGCACAUCCCACGGCGUCCUGGACCUGUGGGAUCUCCGCUUCAAAGUGAAGCUCAAGAGCUGGGGCGUGCCCGGCAAAGGUUCCAUCUACCGGCUCUCCAUCCACCCAUCCCGCGGCCGAGGCCGCUGGGUGUGCGCCUCCGGCGGAACCGGCCAAGGCGAAGUCACGGUCUGGGACAUCGAAAAGGCCACCUGCCGCGAAGUCUACCGCGUCGGCGGCAACAAGGAAGGUCCCAAGGGGUACGAUGCCUGGCAAGUCGACGAGGACAAGCCUUCGGACGGGCAAGGGCAGAUGCUCUCGCGGUUCGCGACCAACAUCGAGCCCAACGCCAUGGGCAACGCCGACCGGGGCGUGCGCGCCCUGGUGUUUGGCUGGGGCAUCACGGACGCGGCCACGGUCGAAGAACAGCCGCCGCCGCCGCUGCAGGAACGAGACGUCCGCUACGCGUUCAUGAUCACGGGCGGCUCGGACAAGAAGUUGCGCUUUUGGGACCUGACGCAUGUUAGCCAGAGCAGGAUCUACUCUGGUUUGCAGCUGGGCGAGGCGGCGCCGAGUUACACGGCUAGUCAUCCGACGCCGUCUUUGAUUCUCAAUACGGAGCGGUUGCAUAAUGGCAAGUCGUCGUCUGGUGGCCGGUCUGGGGCUGCUGCCGCCGGGACCGGAGGGGGUAGUGUCACGGCGCAAGGAGUCAAUGGCAAGUCAUCGUCUUCGUCCAACUCUGCGAACAAUGCCCAGCAGAAGAUGCGACCUUCUAGAACCAAGAUCAUCUCGCAGGAGCAUUUCAGAUUGCUAAGGAGUCACUUGGAUUCGAUUCUUGACGUGGCGUUGGUGGAGUCACCCUACCCGAUGACAGUUUCGUGUGAUAGAGGGGGUAUGGUGCUUAUUAUCAGGUGAAUAAAUCAGCGUGGUGGUGAUGGUGGUGGUAGAGUUUCGUCGUGAUUCUGUUUAGGCGUUGUUAUUGUUGUUUGUUUGGUUGUCCAUUGGGACAAUGGGCAUGCAUGUAAAGAGGAGAAGGGAUUUUCACAGCGUAACGAAUAAGGGUUUAGUUACAGUUUUGAUAUAUCGAGGAAUGAUUAAAGUUUUUGGAAACCAUA